CCAAUCAACGCCGAAUGUCGUGACGUUGACAAUCACACGUUGACGUUCGACGCUUUGUCCGUGCAGCUAGCAGGCGACAUCCUAGAUGAGCCAUGUACCACAGCCGGGAUUUUCUGUAGAGUUUCCGACCAAACGAAAUUCCGCAAGUGUGCUAACUAUGAAAUCCGGUUCAUGUGCCCUUCUAUACCGGACAUGGACAGCCGGCCCCCAUUCAGCGUCAUAGGGAUUGCCGCUGGUCUCUCAGUUUUCGUCCCAAUCGCGUGCGUCGCCAUCUUUCACAUUUUGCGCGUAUGUCGUCGGCGGCGUCGGUCGGCGACGGAAGUACUGGUUUCCGGCACCAGCAGUAGCGGAUCUUGCGAUCAGGCAGAUCUACCUCCGUCGUAUUCGUUUCUGUUCGGAGACACGGCGAGGAGUACACGCGAAAUAGAAUUUCGAUCGCAGAACUCGGAUACUGGCCAAUCUAAUGCAAGUUUACGUGCCUCCGGUACUCAUUUGUCAUCAGGAACAGAUUCAGAAGCAUACAGUAGCAUUCAACGCGGAGCAACUGUGCAAGGCAUACAUAAAAACCAGUCAGUUAUUUCCUUAUCUCCAGACGCACUUCCGGCUGUGCCAGCAGCCGCUGAACCGGGACCGAGAAGACAAUUCGAAGCGGGGCGCUCUCGGUUUCCGAAUAUGCACAUCUCAAUACUUUCUCGUCCGGAGUCGCAGGAAUCUCGUGACGUCACACGGCCGCAAACGCCAGAUCUUAGCUACGCGCGCACUCCACCGCCGGAAUAUAAAGAUGCUGUGGUAACUCUCGGCUCAGGGGAGAUAAAUACUAAAUAUAUACGAGAUGCCAAGGAAAGGGAAGAGUUACAUUAACCUGAUUCCAGUUAAUUGUGUUCAUAUUGUGUGUCUGAAUGCAUAAUUAGUGAUUAUUGUACCAUAACACAUACAUAAACGUAGACAAAGUCUAUUUCUGAUUUCAUUGCGUUUAUGUUUGCUUAUUAACACAACACAAGUUUUCCAAUGUUCGCUAAAUAAUCUAAACUGUAAGUUCAAUGUAAUGGCCUUUUGGACCCAUGCCAAUAAUAACUUGUGUGCCCGAAAUGACCGGCCGUCCCUUGCUCUCUAACUGACUUUUUUCUAUUGACGAACAGUGUAUUAAUAUAGAUUGGAACACCCAAUUCUGACAUGUCGAUUUCAGACGGGAUCUUGUGCACAACUACUUGCCCAAAUGUAGCGAAGUAACAUGAUAUGCGAAAGACAAAUACGGAAGGUAGUCCGCUAUUAUAAUGAAAUCAUACAACAUUUAAUCUGCAGGUUGCAUACCGCAUACAUGUUUAAUUAAAGCCACACACCUUAAAAUGAAAUACAUGUUAAUCAAUACAUUUAGAUGCAAUUUGAAAAUGUGCACAAUUUUAAUUUAAUCUAUAGCCUAGUAAUUUACGUUUUUUUAUAAUUUUAAAAUCGAAAGUAGGAUUUCUAUACGUAUACGUAAAUUUCUACAAACGCGAUUAUUUUUUAAGUUUUAAAGCGCAAAAUGACGGAUUUCUAGCUUGUAACCACCACAUAUAUUCUAAUUGAAAUAGAUAAAAUUAUAAAUAAAGCCUAGUUAGCAAGUAAUUUAUAAUUUUUCAAACUGUAACGCUUUUAAAACCGAAAGUAGGAUUUCUAGACGUAUACGUCCAUUUCGACAAACGCGAUUAUUUUUAAGUUUUAAAGCGCAAAAAUACGGAUUUCUACCUUGAAACGACCAUAUUCAUUCUAUAUGGCAUAGAUAAAAUAUGUUUCUUAUUUAUACUUAAAUUUACUAUGCCAUGUAUUUCAUUUCAAGGUUUGUGUCUUUAACGUGAUAAGCAAUGAUUAAUUGAUUUGGUGUGUUAUUCUGGUCGGUUUUGCCGUUAUUUAUAAUUACCACCUGUGUUGGUCAUCUGAUAUCGUUCUGAAGCAUGUAUUCGCUAAUUCAUUAAUUAGCUGGUCUCUUUG